AUGUCUGGAAAGCGCGGUCGAGGUUCUACCUCCGGUAACAAGCUCAAGAUGACUCUUGGUCUGCCAGUCGGCGCCGUCAUGAACUGCUGCGACAACUCCGGUGCCCGCAACCUGUACAUCAUCUCCGUCAAGGGUAUCGGUGCGCGUCUCAACCGCCUGCCCGCUGGUGGUGCCGGUGACAUGGUCAUGGCGACCGUCAAGAAGGGAAAGCCCGAACUGAGGAAGAAGGUCAUGCCCGCCGUCAUUGUCCGCCAGAGCAAGCCAUGGAGGCGAGCAGACGGUAUCUACCUGUACUUCGAGGACAACGCCGGUGUCAUUGUCAACCCCAAGGGUGAAAUGAAGGGCUCCGCCAUCACUGGACCCGUCGCAAAGGAGGCCGCUGAGCUGUGGCCGCGUAUCGCCUCCAACUCCGGUGUCGUCAUGUGA